CCUGAGACGAAAAUGUGUAGCCCUUUUGAGAAGGUAAGUAAGGCUGUGAUGCCCCUUGCUGACGAUUGCAGUCGUGGGCCAACUAGAAAUUUAGAGCAUGAUUGAGCCAAUUCUCCACAGUGGGCGCACGGCACGAGCAUUUGACGGAGAGUCAAAGCACCAUUUUGCUGUCUUUCGGCUCUGCUCUGCUCGGCUCUUGAUUGUUGUUUAGAUACCUACCGUGAGGGCAAUUUUGUUGGAAGCGUGCAACGAAAGCAGGUCAAGUAUGGUGUCCAAGAAGGCUCGUGCGGCUGCAGCAUGCGCUGGUUUGGGAGGGCUGGCUUUUGUGGCAACGCCAGGCGGUUCCGUUGCUCGCCGUGCUCCUGCAGAGAUCAAUGCAGCUGGCAAGGCGCCUGUUGCUGACAACAGCAGCAGCGCUUUCACUGUGGGUGCAGCUGCUGUAACAGCUGCUGGGGCAGUGGCUGCCUCCAUGCGAAGAAAGUAUCGCCCAUCCAAAGUCGCUGCACGUGCUGAAGUUGCACCAGGUGAGAAGGUUGUUGGAAUUGACUUGGGCACAACCAACUCCGCUGUGGCUGCCAUGGAGGCUGGGACUCCCACCGUGAUCCCCAACGCAGAGGGAGCCCGAACUACGCCCAGCGUAGUGGCCUACUCCAAGAGCGGUGAGCUUUUGGUUGGGCAGAUUGCAAAGCGCCAGGAGGGGGCUGUGGUGAACCCUGAGAACACCUUUUACUCGG